AUGGCAUCCAUGCCUUUAGCUGGACAGGCUCUCAUUUCUGAUCAUCAGCAGAUGAUGAAAGUCAUCUUGGGUCCUUGUCUUUUCCUCUUCAGAGCCCCAUCUCUGUCGAAAGUUCCGUCCACUUUGCACCAGGAUAUCUCGCCUCGUUCCGACACGGUCAGGAAGCUUGCCGCAUUGCUAGACAAAAACCGAGUGGUACAUGUUAGAGGACCCCCGUCGUCAGGCAAGACAACGCUUGCGCAUCUUCUUGAGCUCUAUUACACUGAAAAGGGGCAGUCAGUGAAAGUCAUAACAGGCUGGAACCAAGGUGCUGAUCGUGUCACCCAACAACACCAAGAUCAGCAGGAGGAGACCAAUCGCUUUUAUAUCGAGAACCGUCUGCACACUAAAACUGUGUUCAUUAUUGAUGAGGCCCAAGAAUCAUUUGCAGAUCAUUCACUGUGGCUGGGUCCAAUCAAAGGCCAAAGUGGCGCAUCUGGCGGUGCCAGAAUCUGUAUAUUCUCUUCCUAUGGAAGCCCUACAGGCGGAUUGCCCGGCUAUCCUGAUGCACAAGCUUCCCUGUAUCUGGAACCGUCACAGCGUGUAUCCAUCACCGAGCAAUCAGACCCGGAAUCUUCGGGCAUCUGCCUUUUCUACACCGAAGAGGAGUGUGAAGACGCAGUCAAUAGGCUUUGCUCCCGUCCGGACAUGGCCUUGGACAUGGAUCCAUCCGCGCGCGAAUACUUGUAUUCCAUGACAAAGGGCCACCCCGGCGCCGUCGAAGCAAUAGUCUCACACGUCUUAAAGAACUACACAUCAGAGGACGGUACGGUCCGAACCGUGACAAAGGAACUCUUUAGUAGAUCAUUCGUCGAUGAAUCUCGCGUGUUCAGAAGCCUCCGGCAUUUCGCAGUAUUCGUUGAGUACAUGUUGCACGCAUUGCAACUAAAACCCUUCCCAUUCGACCGGUUCCCCUGUCUAGCUACCCUUUGUGAAGCCAUCCUCAAAUGCUUCUCGCGGACCCGUCUCCUUUCCGACCCCGUCACCUCGCAUCUCCCUAACAAGUUCGUCCGCCCACCCGAAACCCCCUUCCAGGACGAAUGGUAUCGUUGUUUCGCCUCCCUCGUCGGCCACGGAGUGGGCAUUUCAAGCAAGUGGUCCUGUACCGGCAACGAACGGGUCGACUUCCGCAUCAUCGGGCCGGCAUGGGGCGUCGAGCUGCUUCGCGACGGUGAUCAGAUCCACAGCGUGUGCGCUCGGUUCCAGCAGCACGGUCUCUAUCACCCAUUGAUCGAGAAUGGGCAGAUGACCGACUGGCUUAUUUUAGACUGCAGGCAGUCUGCUCCCCAGAAGUAUCAUGUACCCGGUACGAAGCUCUGGCGAGUCGUAUUUAAGAACGACUAUACUUCGGCAUAUGUUCUAGACUCGGAUAAUGCAGUGGUCGUGCCGGAAUUUGACCUGCUAGAUUAA